GAUACAGAAAAAAAAGGACAUUAUUGCUAUAAAUACGAUAGUUUCAUGCACUUAACCCUCUAUAUCUUCCAACUUCUUCCCUAAGGCUCUUCAUCAAUAUCAACGCUUUGGGUUAUUGUUUCGUAACAUGGCACCGCAUGGAGAGGCUAUUAGCAGGACCAACAACUUCUCCAAGCCACCAAGACUCUCUAACGACAGCCUCCAUCGAACAAUAUCCGAUAUCUCGUUCCAACUUAGCAAAGAAGUGAUUGAUAAUUACAAAGAAGCAUUGUCACCGGUCGACGAGAAAGAGCUGCCGCCGAUAUCAGAAGUCGACGAUGCCAAGUGCGAAUGUUGCGGGAUGAGCGAAGAGUACACCGCGGAGUACAUCGAGCGAGUCCGGAACAAGUUUUUAGGGAAAUGGAUAUGCGGAUUAUGUGGCGAAGCGGUGAAAGAAGAGAUGGAGAAGAAAGCCAGCAAUGGUGGCAAGUGCAAGAUAGAGGAAGCUUUGAAUGCACAUAUGAACACCUGUGCUCGUUUUAACAAAAUCGGAAGGGCGAAUCCAGCUUUGUUGACGGCUGAAGCCAUGAGAGAGAUAUUGAGGAAAGGUUCAAGGUCCAAAUCUAUUAGUCCUAGGGAUCAUCAUCAUCGAGGAGCUCAAAAUAAAACUGGGAUCGCAAGGAGCUCAAGUUGCAUUCCAGCCAUUACAAAGGAGAUGAGCAAUCUCAUGAAGUCUCAUUUGCAAACUGAUGAUAAAUAAUUGGCCCAAAGGCUUCAAUCAUAUCCUCUUUUGAACUUUUAGUACCUUUUUUUUUGGCCAUCCAUGGAAGUUUUCAGGAUUGGGUCCUAACUUAAAUCUUUCUUUAGACAUGAAAUAUUCAACUUAAGGAGUAUAUUUUUCGAUCCUUAGUUGAUUGUAAUUGUGUAAUUUGCAUCGAUAUGUUUUUUUUUCUAGAACCUUAAAGCUAGAGUUUUUUAGGUUGGUUUCAAAUGGCUUCUCUUCCAUGUACUUAAAUCCAUUAAUCCGGGAUAUAUUAUUGUGUGGUAUAUCUAUAAUUAAUCAAUAAAUGUCUUGUGUUAUUUUUU